CCCUGCGCCACACUGACAAGCAGACAACACCGUCUUGGGCACUAGCACUACCGACAUGUAGCAUCGCUCGGUCAUCUCGUCGCCGAACAUCCGCACGCUAAACUCCUAAACCCCAACGAUUAUUUCGAGGUCCGUCACCUCUCGUUCGUUUGGCGUCUCCUGAUUCGCCCUCUUAUAUAAGCUCCCAGCAGCCACACGCAAAUCACAUCAUCGAUCAAGCGGUUUCCAUCAGAGAGCAGGUAAUACUAACUGAAGCGACCUUGCUGAUCAGCUAACCAAUCAACCACCAUGGCCGAGAGGGAGGGCGCCGUGGUGAAGAAAGGGCACGAGGAGGGCCUGAAGAUGGCGGUGUCGCUGCUGGAGGAGUUCGGGCUCCCGCUGGGCCUGCUGCCGCUGGCGGACGUGAUCGAGGUCGGGUUCGUGCGCGCCACGGGGUACAUGUGGAUCGCGCAGCGCAAGAAGGUGGAGCACCAGUUCAAGCUGGUGAGCAAGCAGGUGAGCUACGACGUGGAGAUCACGGGGUACGUCCAGGCGAAGCGCAUCAAGAAGCUCAAGGGCGUCAAGGCCAAGGAGCUCAUGCUGUGGCCGCCCGUCAACGAGAUCUCCGUCGACGACCCGCCCACGGGCAAGAUCCACUUCAAGAGCCUCGCCGGCGUCACCAAGACCUUCCCCGUCGAGGCGUUCGCCGCGGGUCAGUAAGCCCGCCGCGCGCGCACCCCCGCCCGGUGACCCUGCUCGGUCGCACACGUCACGUACCCCCUGCUGCUUGAUUUGCCGCAUAAUUUUAUUAAAGAAAAAAAACGCGCUAGACGGCCGAGGUUUGUUAGCGCGAUGAAGUAAGAAGAUGGGUUUGUACUGUUUUAUUAAUCACGAGUGCUUUUGCGAGGAUGGAUUUGCAAUACGAACCUUACAGUUGUUUGAGAAU